AUGGCCACACCAACCCUGGAUCGCUUCUUAGCCAGCGUCGCAGAUAUCGUCAAAUCCCGCGAUGGAGCCAAGCUACAGGACUUUCUGCAGAUUGAGCCUCCUCUCCCCGAUGUCUAUCGCCAGAUGACCAACGAGUUACGGCAACACCAUCCUUCUGGUCCACGGGAAACAGAUUUAUUGCGACGAUGUGAAGGAUUGGUUCCAAAGUCCAAGGGUAGCUCCUGGACCGCUUUUGCAACUUUCAUGAAACUUUACUGCACGUUCCUACGAGACGUGAAUGUCGAUAAUCUGCUCGAGACAUAUGACCUUCUCAAAGGACUUGUCAAUCAAUGUGUUCUUGCAUUGGGUGAUAGCCAAAUGGGCGUUAUUGUCCUACCGACUGUUCUGUACCUCUCGAAAGUCCUCGCGAAGCUGGCCAUGGGCCUCGACCGUCGUCCCGAACUGAUUGCACACCUACUCCGACUCGACGGCCGUUCAAACCAGGAUGAAGCUGUGGAGAAGGUGACACUGGUGGAGAAAUCGGCAAACGUGGUUCGGGAGGCCUUCAUCAAGUGCCUUACGGACCGAAGUGGUACGCCAGGGAUCCAUGGAAAGCCCGAAGGCAAGCGCAUUGGUAUCUACUUGAUGGCCAACCUUUGCCUAAAGCUACUCUUCCAGUGCGGCAAACUUCGAAAUGCGGAGCAAAUGUUCGCGAGUAUUAGCGCACAAUCCCCGCCCCUCAAAUACUUCCCGGCCUCCCAGAGGGUGACCUAUCUAUACUACCUCGGGCGCUAUCUUUUCGCCAACAAUCUCUUCUAUCCUGCACAGAUUGCCCUACAGGCCUCGUACGACCAAUGCCAUCACCAAGCGUUAAGCCAGAAGCGAGCCAUCCUCACUUACCUGAUCCCGUGCAAUAUCAUCUUGGGCCGGUUUCCCACCCUACAACUACUACAACGCCCGGAAGCCGAGGGACUGGCAGAUAAAUUCAUUCCGAUUUGCCGAUUGAUCGCUCGUGGCGACUAUAUCGCCUUCCGGGAGCACCUGGCUGUUGGUUCACCCGAAACAGAGUGGUUUGCGCGUAAGGGGAUUCUUCUUCCGCUGCGCAAUAGAUGUGAGAUUCUUGUGUGGAGGUCGCUUGCUCGUAAAGUUUUCAUCCAUGGUGGUUUUCACGGUGACCCUCAGGGCCAGAGUCGCGGACCGCCACCAUUCUUAUAUCUUAGCAAAGUUGAGGUCGCUAUCCAGUGGAUACAAUCUCAGCACACGGUCCCAGCUCAGCAGGCUUAUGGUUUCUUCGCCUCGCGACCCGAGCUUGAUGCACAGGCUGGAAACAAUCGUGUUGGUUCCCAGAUAGUUUACAAACCACUCGAUUGGGACUUUGAAGGUGUAAACGACCUUGAUGCGCAAGAAGCCAUGCCCGGACCCAGCCUAAUAGCCAAAUAUGCUGAUUACCUGGCGCCUGAUGGGUACUUCGAUGCUCAAGGGCAAUGGCAAGCCAACCCGGCAGGGAACCUGGUUGAUGGCCAGCCAUCAGCAGAUUACAAGCAGUUUGAGCUUGACCCCUACGCCAGCCGCCCUGAUCUCGAGCCAGAAGAGGGGAAGCCUACAUUGAUGAUGCGAGAGAUUGAGUCAAUUCUCGCUUCCCUCCUGAUUCAAGGUCUGAUGCGCGGUUACCUGACCCACAAGAAUCCCCGUUUGGCCAUCCCGGGCGCACGCCUUCGUGGGGCCGUACCUACCGGGUUUCCCAACGUGUGGCAGACAAUUUACGCUCGAGAAAGUGAAGAUGAUAACGUUCCAGGCUGGGUUCAGCCUCCAGCUGCGGCAGCAAUUCCUACGGCUGGCGGAGGGAGAGUGGUCAAUCUCUCGGGAGCACGACCUGUUGGCGUUCAAUGA